AUGUCGCAGGCCAAGCGGUACGUGCUGCGGCUCUUCAUCUCGCUCAAGUACGUGACGGCCAACGUCGUGGACCGGCAGAGCGGCCGCGUGGUGGUCACCGCCUCCUCCGUCGAGAAGCCGCUUCGGGACGGGCUCGAGUGCGGCCGCGCCUGCAACGCCAAGGCGGCGGCCGCCGUCGGCGAGGUGCUCGCCAUGCGCCUCCGGGUCGACGGCCUGGCCAGCGAGCCCAUCCACGCCGCCGCCGCCAAGGAGGUCCAGAAGAAGGGCUUCAAUAACCGCACCAAGGUCUGGGCCAUCCUCAACGCGCUCCGCGACCACGGCGUCAACCUCCGCGUCGACGACGAUGGUGACCACCGCCGGCAUGUCUGACUGACAGACAGGCAGGCAUUAGUGUUCAGUGCGUUCCUCAAUUCUACUUCUAGUUCUGUUCUGCUGAUGUUGCCUCAAGCCAUUAUACUUCAGUUACUAUUUGAGUGUACCAUGUCAUUCUGCUGAUGUUGUCUCAUGCCACUGAACU